AUGACCUCCGGCGAUGAGAAGCCCGUCGUGGCCUACUUGGGCCCCCCGGCAUCAUAUUCACACCAGGUAUCAUCUAACCUCUUGGUCGCAACGGAAAACUUGGAGCUGACCUUUGGGGGGGGGGAUGUCUUCGACAUCGUCCAAGACGGCGGCGCAACAGCCGGUGUCGUCCCGUUUGAAAACUCCACCAACGGUUCCGUCGUCUUCACCCUCGACGACCUAGCCGACCGCAACGGACGGUAUCGCGACAUCAGAGUCGUAGGGGAGGUAUACGUUGACGUCCACCACUGUCUGCUAGGGCAUCUUCAGAGAAAACCUCGACCCGAGACUGGAGGAUCGUCAGCCUCGACGGCAGCCUCGGCAGCAGCAGCAGCAGCAGCAGCAGCAGCAGUAGGAGGGGGGGGAGGAGGAGGAGGAGGACUAGACGACAGCAACGUGUCGUCGGGGACAUGCACACCCACAGCCGCAGAUCCUCGACCGGCACACCCGCGCACCAAGCCCCUCGGCAGCCUGGACCACAUCAAGCGGCUGUACUCCCACCCCCAGGCCUUUGGGCAGUGCACGGCCUUCAUAUCCACCUACCUCAAGGGUGUCGAGGUCUUCGAGGUGAGCUCGACCAGCAGGGCGGCCGAGAUGGUGAGGGCCGACGAGACGGGUACGUGGGCCGCUAUCUCGAGCCAGCUGGCGGCCGAGGUUCACGGCCUCGACUUCCUCGGCAGGAGCAUAGAGGACAGGAGCGACAAUACCACCCGGUUUCUCAUCAUCAGGAAGGUCGUCGUCGCCGACGAGGCCGCCGAGGCCGCCGAGGCCGCCGCGAGAUCGUCAUCGUCAUCUUGGACUGCGUCGGCGGACGAUGACGGCUGGGCCGUGACGAGAUGCACGCCCCUCGCCGUCGGUGCUGCCGGUGCCGGGACGAAAUCUCUCGUCUCCUUCUCGGUACCUCACGAUUCGCCCGGUGCCCUGGCAGAGGUCCUCGGCUGCUUCAGGGCGUUCGACCUCAACCUCACCAGCAUAAACAGCCGGCCUAGCCUGGACAGACCGUUCCAGUACAUCUUCUUUGUCGAGUUCGAGGGCCACAGGAACAAGGAUCCGGAAGGGAGGGUCAAGGGUGCGCUGGACAAGAUUGACGGUGUCGCCGCGAGCUGGAGAUGGUUGGGGAGUUGGGAGUGA